UAGAUAUAAAAAAAAAGAUGAGACACUAAAACAGUCCAUGAUUGACAAGUUUAAAAAAAUCACACAAUCCCAGUUUAGCUCAAGCGUCAGUGAUUAUCUCAAAGAACCCUCAUUUGAUAAUUGGCAGUGGGAUGAAGCUGAAAUGUUGCUUUUAUUGCAGUCCAUGUUCAUUGAAUUGGAUAUUCUUUCCAAAUUUGGCAUCACGCUGAGUGCCCUGCAAAAUUGGCUCUGUGAAAUCUACUUGCAUUACUUUGAUGUUCCAUUCCACAAUUUUAAACAUUGUUUCAUGGUGGCUCAAAUGAUGUAUUGCCUUAUAUGGCAUUUAGAACUCUGCAGUUUAUUUUCUGAAGAAGAGAUCCUCACAUUACUUGUAUCUGCAAUAUGUCAUGAUUUAGAACAUUCUGGUUUUAACAAUAUUUACCAUGUGAAUGCCCAUACCAUUUUGGCACGAACUUAUAAUGACAGGUCACCUUUGGAGAACCAUCACUGUGAUGUGGCAUUCCGAAUAUUAGAGAAAACUGACUUACUGAAGAACCUGUCUCCACAACAGUACACUGUUGUCCGCCAAGGUAUCAUUAGGUGUAUUUUAAGUACAGACAUGGCUAAACAUAAUAACAUCUUACAUGAUUUUGAAGUAGCUUUGGUCAAAUUUGAUGUAGACAAGAAAGAACAUCGUAUGCAGUUGAUGUCAGUGCUUAUAAAAGUUGCAGAUAUUUCAAAUGAACUCCGACCUCCUACUGUUGCUGAGCCAUGGUUGGACUGUCUGUUGAAUGAGUUCUUUGCACAGAGUGAUACUGAGAAACUCGAAGGAUUACCUGUGACUAGUUUCAUGGAUAGAGACACACAUGUGAAAUCUAAAUCUCAGGUCCACUUCAUAGCCAAUGUAUUGAUCCCUUUAGUCAAGGCCCUCUGUCAGUGCUUCCCCAAGGCAAUGAACUUAUUAGCACCAGCUGAAUCAGCUCUGAAUUAUUAUGAAAACCAGUUUCAAGAAUAUGAACAGAAUAUGAAAAAGAAUCCAACCAAGAAGACUCAGUCUUGAAAGUUCAAGUACAUUGCCAAGGAAAACAAUGGAAUGGAACAUAUUUCAAACAAAGAACCAAGAGCUUGAUUUUAUCCUUCCAGCAUCUGCUCUCAGUUUCUUGUAGCUUUCACCAAGAACUGAUUGACUUGAUGUGCUCAGACUGAGAGAUGAGAUCUCUACCAUGUAUUAGCAAUGGUGAGCAGAAAUCUCAGCACCCUGAGAGACAGUUGUCCUAAAUAUCAACGGUUGCCUGUAAUAUACGACAGUCAAAAACGUAAAGUUGUAAACAAUCCCUUCUUAUCUUGUAUAACCAUUUGUAAAAAAAACAGAAAAAAACAAACAAACAAAGCUAUGAUCACUUCUCAUCUCCAUAUUUGAUUGAUAUGUUACUUGUAUCUGUAGAAAGCCACAUCUGUACACAUAGGUUUUUGCAUUUACUAGUUGUAUUAGUGUUAGCAGAUUUAAUACAGGAGGUAUUAAAAAGCUAACUAGAAACAAUUAUGUGUUGACGAAAAAACAAUAUUAGUCAAAGACUAAUAUUAUUUUAAUUCUUUCUGCAAGUUUGAGAAUUUUGCAUUUACUAGUUGACAUUUCACAGACAAAUUGAUGUCUUUUAGUGUAUUUAUUCAUAUUUUUCUUUGUUUUUAAUUAGUUUAAUCAAACUUUUAACUUAUUGUUUCCCAUUUCAAUUUUUGUUGUUUUUUUUUAAAUAACUUUUAUGAGUAAUAAAUGUCAAGUUGUUGACUUCUGAGAAUGAAUCGACAGCUCUAAUUGACAGGUCAUA